AUGACAGUUGAAUCCAAACCUAAAAUUUCAGUUGCAAUGGUAUGCCUAGGUAACAUUUGUCGUUCACCAAUGGCAGAAGCAGUAUUUAGACAUACUGUUGAACAAGCGAAUUUACAAGAUAGAUUUGAUAGGAUUGAUUCGUUUGGUACAGCAGGGUAUCACAUUGGAGAGAAUCCAGAUCCACGUUCACAAUCUACAUUAAAGAAGCAUAAAGUACCAUUUAACCACAAGGCACAACAAAUUCGUGGAAAUCACUUUGAUCAAUUCGAUUAUAUUAUUGGUAUGGAUGAGAAUAAUGUCAGAAAUUUAAAAAAAAUACAACCAAAGGGAUCCAAGGCCAAGGUUAUGUUGUUUGGUGACUGGAACACAAGUGGUAAAUUCAAUAAGAUAGUCGAUGAUCCAUAUUAUGGUGGAAUCGAUGGAUUUGAAUAUAAUUUCAAGCAAGUUAGCUACUUCAGUGAAGAGUUCUUAAACAAAGAAUUAUAG